AUGUCAGGACAUCCGCACCAGGGAAUGCCGCGGAAUUUGUCUUCCAACAAGGUUUUCAAAACUUUUUUCCCAUCGUUCGGUUAACGCAAAUGAUUACCCUUUUAUUGACUUUUAAUGGGUUGAUUUCUCGUAAGGCACGAUUGAUAAGGACGAUUGGCAAUUUUUGAUCAACAAAACAAUACGUUUAUUGCACUCGAUUGUUGGGUUUGAAAAUAAUUGAUCAAAGAAUUUUCGAUGGUCGAAAAAUUAAAAAAUAAAUAAAAAUCUGUUUCCCGCUUAAAAUCGUUUUACAUUUCGAUUUGAAAAAAAUCAGGUGUUCAGGUAGUUUUAAUUAGAACAUUCAAGCUGCUUACUUUUUUGAAAGUUUCUUUUUAAACCGGAAAAAAAUUACCGAGAUAAAUGUUUCAUUCUUGCUGGAAAAGAAUCUGAAGCAUGAUUUCCUUAAAAAGGUCUAAUUUUUUUAUCAAAUUUUUGAAUAAUUUUUUUCAGUUUAUUUCAGCUAAUUUUUCUAAUUAUAUUAGUUUCAAUCAUGAGGUCGAUUAUUAUUUUUAUCAGAUUUAAACAUUUUCGAAACUUUUUUUGAGGCUCGUAAUUUGACCAAAAUUUUUAAAAAAGAUAACAUUGAAAGUUUUUUUUUGAGUUUUUUCAUCAAUAAUUUUUGAUUGAAAAGCAUAAACUCAGAUGAAAAUCUGUAUUUUGUCCUCCCAUGACAUCACGCUCUCGAGUGUUUAUUUCGGUGGUGGCAGCCGAGUGUUCCCGACGAACCCAAGUCAUUUUUUUUCAGUUUUAUUUUGACCACCUACAAAUAUUUGCUGUUUACCUCAGUGGAAAGUUUGGACUUUGACAGAUUGCAAAGACGCUCGCCGGCGAGGAGCUGGACGACCAGGAGGUGUAUCCUUUGGACGAGGGCAAGACCGCCCGCGAUGAGGGCCGAUUCGUCUUCGAGACCGCCUGGGAGGUCGCCAACAAGGUCGGAAUCGCAGAAUAUUCAUUGGUUCCGAGAGAAGAAAAAAAUAAAGUAGAAGAAAUUUCAAGGAAUUUUUUGAAAAAAAUUUUAAAAAUUGAAUAAAACAACUGCAUUCAAGGAUCUAAAAUCAUGCCGUGUUCAAAUAUAUUUCCGCGAAAUGAAAAAUUAUCUCUGACUCUCCAAAAUUUAGUUGUCUUUUUCUUUCUCUGACGACUGUUUUGAAUUUUACGUAAUCGUUUUGAGCACGGCUUUUAGUGAAUUUCUCGUAACUGUUCUUCCGAGAUUCAGGGAAUUUUCUUGAAUUUUAGAGUGAACACUUUAGGGUUUACGCUGGUACGUCUAAAAAUCAUUAUUAAUAAAGAAAACAGACUAAAAUUGAAAAAUAGUCACAUUUUGGUACAGUUUUUCGAAUUUUUUAACGUAAAGUCAGCUUAAUCUUCUCAUUGUUUCACUCAGUUUUAUCAUCUUAAAAGUUUAUCUUAUUUCAGCUUUGAAAAUCCUAAUAGCAAUUAGAUUUAAGGUCGGAGGAAUCUACACAGUUUUACGGAGCAAAGCCCAAAUCAGUACCGAAGAGCUAGGCGACCAAUAUUGUAUGUUCGGGCCGAUGAAAGACGAAAAAUGGCGGCUGGAAGUGGAGAAAAUUGAGCCCGAGAACAGGUUCGCGAACUGUUUUUUUUCGCUUGAAAUAGGAUUCAUUAGGUUGAAAGUUCAUUAAUAAGGAUUUUCAUUCAAGAAUCUCCAAUUAUCUCGAAAAAAUAUCUUUCAUCAAGUUGAGGUUAACGGCUCGUUUUCGAAACAGAAAAAAAUGGCUUGAUUUAUUUUUGAGCUGGUCUAUUUUUAUAAAAAGAACUAACUCUUAUGAUUUUUUUAAAAAAAUUAUUUGAAUUUUUCCUAAAAUUCUACCAGAAACUCUUUUUGAUGCACAAUAAAAAAAGUAUCAUAUUGCAUAGCUUUAUAGUUUUUUUAUUUUUUUAUUUUUUUGAAAUGAGACCUCAAUGGCCCACAAAGGUUUGUUUUUACGGAUUUCGAGGGCUUUCUUUGAAUUUGAGGUGUCUUUUCUCUCUUAAACUAGAGAAUUGUGCAAGUUGAGACUUUCAGAAUCUUGUAAGCCGUCCAUUUUAGGGCUCAAAACUCAAAGCACGGUAUAACUUUUCCGUUCUUUUUUUCCUAUUUUUUUUCUAUCCCUUUCUCAUCGUUCACACUUUAUUAUAUAAGAAGAAAAAACGAAGACUGCUCUCAAAUAUCAAUUUCUCAAUCCACAGAACGAUCCGCGCGGCGAUGAGUCAGUUCCACAAGGACGGAUUCCGGUGUAUGUACGGCCGUUGGCUGAUCGACGGCUACCCGAAAGUGAUUUUGUUCGAUCUCGGAUCCGGCGCCGACCGGAUGAACGAGUGGAAGCACGAGCUCUAUGAGAAGUUGGAGCAGCUCCCGACGUGGACUGAUAGAAGGGACCACUUAAGGUGCAAGGUCGGUAUCCCCCACGAGGAUAUCGAGAGCAACGACGCCGUCAUCCUGGGCUUCAUGGUCGCCAUUUUCCUGAAACAUUUCCGCGAGUCCGUCACCGGCUACCAGCCCCUCGUUGUGGCCCAUUUCCACGAGUGGCAAGCUGGUGAGAAAAUAAAAAUAGAAUUUUUUAUCAGGAGAAAUCCGGAGCUGUCAAAUAGAAUUCACGUUGAAAGUUUAUCUUCAUAGCCGGUUUCGUAUCUUAAGGCCUGAUAUUCUGGGAAAUUUCAAAAUUUUAAGCUCAGACUUUCUAUAUGUGCUCUUCAGACCGCGUUUUUGUGAUUAAAAUUGUAUCGCUUGUCACAAAAAAAUUUAAAUUUUUUUCCACUGAAUUUUGAAGUCCUUGAAAAACAGUAACCAAACUUUUUCCAUUUUCUAGAUAAGGAUCUAAAUUUUGAAAUUUUGCUGAAAUUUUUUGUGAAAAUCGCGAUAUUUUUAAACUAAUUAUGUAAUAUAUGAAAAACCUCUGUUUUCGAAAAAAAAAGAAGAUUUAUUUUGAAUUUUAGCCUUUUUUUCAUUGAAUCGAUUCAAAACUAUUCUCCCUGUCGGAAUCAUGGAAACUUCAGUCAGUACUCCACUAAUUUUCCAGGAGUCGGACUCUUGAUGACGAGACUGUGGAAGUUAGACAUCGCGACGGUCUACACGACCCACGCCACUCUCCUCGGUCGCCAUCUCUGUGCCGGCGGCGCCGAUUUGUACAACAACAUCGACAAGUUCGACCUGGACGCCGAGGCCGGCAAGAGAAAGGUCCGAAAAAGGUCCCCGGACCCUUGAAAAUGAAUAUCUCCUGCAGAUAUACCACCAAUACUGCCUCGAACGGGCGGCUUGUCACGCGGCGCACGUCUUCACCACGGUUUCCGAGAUAACGGGUCUCGAAGCGGAGCAUCUCCUUGACAGAAAACCAGAUAUCCUCACCCCCAAUGGCUUGAAUGUCGUCAAAUUCGCCGCUUUACAUGAAUUCCAAGUAAUUCCAAUCUUCAAAAUUACACUAAUUACCUGGAAUUCUAGAAUUUGCACGCUAAUAACAAAGAGAAGAUUAACAAUUUCGUUCGCGGUCAUUUCCACGGCCAUCUCGAUUUCGACUUGGACCGCACUUUGUACUUUUUCACUGCUGGACGGUUGGGAAAAACCAUCAUUUAUCCUAUAACACCUCUCUGAGUCCAGAUACGAGUUUUCGAACAAGGGCGGCGACUUCUUCAUUGAGGCCCUGGCCAGACUAAAUCAUUAUUUGAAGACGACCAGUGAUCCCAGACACAUGGGCGUCACUGUCGUCGCUUUCCUUAUUUAUCCUGGUCAGUUUCAAAAAAAAAAAAAAUCAGUCAGGGCGAAGGUAAACGUUUAUAAAAAAAGGUUGUUUUUUUGUUGUCACAAGUUGUUCGAAAAAAAUUUAAAAAUACGUUUUUAAAAUGUUGAAUUUGAAUCCAAGUUUUUUUAGCUUCUUUUUUUUUUCAAGAGUCUCAUACUUUUUUUGUUCCUAUGAGUUCCUAUCUUCAUUCUUGAAAAUUUGAUGAAGCUUUCGGAUAGUCAGAUUCUCGAUUUUUGAACGAAUUUUUAAAUGCUACCAAGAAAAACUUGAAGUCUGUUUUCAAUAAAGCUAUUGUGAUACAUCCUAGACUAUUAUUUAAUGAACCAGUCAUUUCCUUUUUUCUAGGUAAAUAGUAAUUUCAAAACAUAAAACUGAUGUUUGCAGCCCCGGCCAACUCGUUCAACGUCGAGUCGCUCAAAGGCCAGGCCGUCACCAAGCAGCUCAAAGAAACGGUAGAUCGGAUCAAGGAGAGCGUCGGCCAACGAAUCUUCGACACGUGUUUGCGUGGCUCGAUUCCCGACGGCGAAGACCUUUUGACUGCUGCCGAACGUAUUCAGGUCGAUAGAAGGGAAAAAAAAAGUACCCAACAAGGGGGAGAAACAGAUUUUAGUUGAAAAAUUGAACUAUUUUCCAUAAAAUUCCGCUUCAUUUUUUUAAACCUAUCUUCAUGUCGCAUUCAAAGCGAUCUUGCGAAAUUCAAAAUAGGCGUCAGAGAAAGAAAAAGAUGAAACUGGAUUUUGGAGAUUCAGACGUAAUUUCGAUAUCCACGGAAUUUAUUUUAAAGGCAGCAACGGCAGAUCAGCAUACAAACAAGAUAUGAUUUCAAAUUCAAAAAAAAAGUUCCAGAGAACAGGAAAAAUUUUUCCAUCGAAAAAAACGCUUUCACACGUGAUGACGUGAUGAUUACGCAAAAAUUGUGAAAAAAAAGAGAGAAUUUCAAAAAGUUUAACUCAUGGUCAGAAGUAGGAGACAUUUUCAAGCCGCUAACUUAUACAUUUUCAAGCCGCUAAACUAUAUAUAAUCAUCGUGGACUUUCAAAGAAAAAAAAGCGGCAAAAAAAUCUAAAGUUCGAUUGGGGUAGUAAAUUUUUCACUUAUCUCUUUUUUUAUUCUUUUCAAUUUUUGUUUUUUUCUGUUUCAGAAUGAAAUCAGAAUGCAUCAUUUGUCACUAAAAAGAGCUGAAUUGACGGAAUAAAUGUGGAGAAAUGUAGAAAAUACGAGUUUGGAACUUGAUUUUUCUAACAAAUUUCGUCUUGAAGUGACAAUUUCCAAGCAAAAAUAAAGAUGAAGAAAAAAAGAAUUUCAAGAAAAAAAAAAAGUUGAAGUCGAAGCUUCCCUUUUUCAGCUGAAACGCUGUAUAAUGGCCACCCAGAAACAUCAACUUCCCCCGAUUUGCACUCAUAACAUGGUUCGAAGCGAUGAUCAGGUGUUUAUUCAAAUCUUGAUCUCUAAAACUUCAAAAUAUCUUAGGUACUGGACGCCCUGCGACGGACCAACCUGUUCAACGACAGGUCGGAUCGUGUCAAAGUCGUCUUCCAUCCGGAAUUCCUCUCUUCUGUUUCCCCUCUCAUAGGCCUUGACUACGAAGACUUCGUCCGCGGCUGCCAUUUGGGCGUCUUCCCGUCCUAUUACGAACCCUGGGGGUCUGUAGAACGUCAAAGAACGAAGAUGAACUCGUAAGAUGUGCAGGUACACGCCGGCCGAGUGUACGGUAAUGGGCAUUCCGUCGGUGUCGACCAACCUGUCGGGCUUCGGCUGCUUCAUGCAGGAGAACGUCGAAGAUCCCGAAGGCUACGGCAUCUACGUCGUCGACAGGCGAUACAAGAAUGCCGAAGACUCGAUUCGCCAACUUGCUCAGAUUAUGUUGGUUUCAUCAAAAUGGAAAAAAGUUCCAAAAUCCGCGAAAAAAAAUUUCCAGCAUUCCUCGUUUUUCCAUUCGGUUUCUCAAAAAAGGUUCUUUGAUUCUUUUUGAAUUUUUUACAGUCCAUUUUUUUCACCCGCUAACUGUCGAAACUGCAUUAAUAUUACUUUUAAAAUCCAAAAAAUUGUGCUAAAUUUUUUUCCGCGUUCCGCAAUUCAAAAAUUCAUCUGCGCCCGUCUCUGGUAAGAAGAAUAAUAUGGGGCCAAAUAUUGCACUUAAAAAAAGGUUAAAGAGAUAUGAAAAAAAUUCACUGGAAAAAGAUUAAAAAAAGCAAUAAAAAAAGGAUUAACAGGUUCUUUUUAUAGUUUAUAAUUUUUCAUAGGAAGCCUAUGAUGACUGUUUCUGAAGGUAGAGUUUUUUUCAAAAAAAUCCUCGUUGAGGAAAUAAAAUAAAAAAAAUUUUUGUAUGAGAACAGCAAGAUUAUCGUUUUUUUGCUACUUUUUUUGAAAAAUAAGUUUUGGAUAUAUAUUUCUGAGAUUUUCGAGAAAUCUAUAGAUUCCAGUUAUUAGUAGGUUGCAGAACAUUUGAAAAAGAAUAUACAAAAUUCUGUUCAAAAAAAAAAAUCCAGGUACGACUUCUGCGGUUAUUCGCGACGACAACGCAUCAUCCAGCGCAACAGAACGGAAAGAUUGAGCGACUUGCUCGAUUGGAACAGCCUCGGCGUCUUCUAUCGGUAAAUAAUGAUCCUUUUCCGCAUUCAAGAAAUUUCAGACUUGAAACUUGUAGCUUUUUAGCAGGACAUUCCAGAAAAAAAACAAUAUUUUUGCAUUUCAGUGACUGCCGCCGUCUGGCUUUGGAACGCCUGCACCCCGACAUUGACCGCAUCAUCCGAGAGAAUGAAGGAAAAGUGAGAGUUUUUCGUUUUUCCGUUGCACUCUUUGCACUUUAAAACCAAUGGACACACCAUUUUUCCUCGAUUUUACCUGUUUUCAAUUCAUUUUCCUCAGGUUCCCUCGGCGGCCACCUCACGUCGUCCUUCUGUCCACAGCAGCGACGCUGAAGACGAAGAUUAA